UUGGAGCUGCCCUAAGUUCACACACCCAUCCACAAAUUAAACAAAAAAGGGGAGCAAGCGGUCAGACCAUUGAGGUUUAGGAAUUUCACCACAAAGCUUAACCAAGUGACUGCAAUAUUCUAGAGUAGCAGCUCUUCCCGGGUCAUCCAUCGAUGUGGGCUACUCUUACUUGCAAUAGCAUACGAUUUCUGCGCUACCGCCUUGCUUCUCUGCCGCCGGUAUCUACUUCCGCCUCAUCCUCUCGUCUAUUGACGCGCUUUAACUUCGUAGUUUUCAUGGAGCCCCAUCACAAUAGCUUUUCUCAGUCUUCCUCUUCAUCUACUACUUUCUCUCAUUCCUCGCGCAGUGGAGGUCGAGGAAGAGGUUUGGAUAGUAUGAAAGAUAAUGCUACUAGAGAAAGGCACAGAGGCCGUGGCGGUGGCAGUGGCGGUGGAAAAGAUAAAAUUGAUGCACUUGGGAGGCUUCUAACACGUGUUUUGCGGCAUAUGGCUUCUGAGUUAAACUUGAACAUGAGGAAUGAUGGAUUUGUUAAGGUUGACGACUUGUUGAAGCUUAGUUUGAAAACGUUUGCCAAUGUUCCAUUAAGAUCACAUACUGUUGAUGAGGUCCGAGAGGCUGUCAGGAGAGACAAUAAACAAAGAUUUAGCCUGGUGGAAGAAAAUGGAGAGCUUUGGAUACGUGCAAACCAAGGCCACACAAUCACAACAGUUGAAACUGAAAGCUUGUUGAAGCCUAUUCUUUCUGCUGAUGAAGUUCCAGUCUGUGUACACGGGAUGUACAAGAGAAAUUUGGAAUCAAUUUUGGAACAAGGGCUGAAACGCAUGAAGAGAGUGCAUGUCCACUUUUCAUGUUGUUUGCCGACAGAUGGUGAAGUAAUAAGUGGUAUGAGACGAGAUGUAAAUAUCCUGAUCUUUCUUGAUGUGAGAAAAGCUUUGGAAGAGGGAAUGAAACUUUAUAUCUCAGACAACAAGGUGAUCUUGACUGAGGGUUUUGAAGGUGUUGUACCAGCGAAAUAUUUUCAGAAGAUUGAAUCAUGGCCAGACAGGAAACCCAUUUCCUUUUGAUCUUUGUCCGUUGUAUAUUAACAUGUAUAAUUUGACGCUGGCUAGGUAUUUUUUUGUUCCAGCAAUGGCUACUGUUUAGCUUGAAAUAGAGCUCCUUUGGAGCUCUGGUUCUCUCUUUUACCCAUUUUUCCCCCUCUCGAGUAACGAGGGUUUUUAGCUUAAAUUGCAAUGGAAGGCGGAGGAGUAAACUCUGUAAAAGAUCCUGUAUUUGAAGUUUUAGACGGGGUUCGUUUUCAAGAACAA